AUGGAUCAGCAGGCUUUCAGGCAGCUGCUAUCCACUCCAGCACCUGGAGCAAGCAGCGCUUCAUCCUCAAACGCUGCCACGGGGUCCAGCAGUGGCGCAAGGCAGUUCGGUCUGGCUCGUAAGCGCGAGCAGCCAAGCAGCACUCUUUCGAGUUCCAUCAAAGCAUCUGAGCUGGCACCUCGCAAGGUGGCCAGCGCACAAGCGCCCAAGCCCAAACCAGUCCUUCCAAAGGGGUACGUGGAUCGAGCAGAGGCCAGAAGGUUGGGCAAGGACGAUGCCAACGAGUAUGCAGAUGUUGACAAGCUGAGAGAAGAUUUUGAGAGGAGAAAAGAGGGAUUGAGCGAGGAGGACAGGAGAAUGCUCGAGGAGCAGAUGGCAUUUCUUGGAGGUGAUGCAAAGCACUCGGUCUUGGUCAAAGGUCUGGACUUUGCUUUGCUUGCGCAAGAGCGCGCCAAAGAAGCUGGCGGAGGCCAAGUCAGCAGCGCCACGGAUGACGAUUUGGAAGCUGCUUUUGCAGGUGCCGGUGGCCCAAAAGCGGGACCAGAUGAUCGCACAAGAUCAGGUACCGCAGCAGGGACUGAGACGGGAAUCUUGGAGGAAUUGGCCAAAAGGAAUCUGAGCGGUAGCUCCAAGUUAAAGUCGCACGAAGAUACUCGAGGUCAGGGUGCAUUCGGACCGAUAGCGAGCGGCUUCAAGCCCAUCGGCUCGGGCAAAGAUAAGAUGGAAGCUCCCGAGUACAUUUGGAAGGACGGGAAGCGCAUGCGCAAGAAGAGGAAAAAAGUGGAAGCAAGUGAACAGGAGCUGGGGCACUCUAACGGCACGGCUCACACCAACACGAAAGCCGAGUCAAGCACUGAAGCUGCCCCGGCCAAAGCCAAGCCUCUGCCGUCCAACAACAGACCCAGAGCAGCGAACAACAGUGCAGCUUCCUCGUCGAAAUCUGGCAAGACGACUGCUUCUAAUCAUCCCGCGAACACUCCGGCAGUGCGAGAAAGAACCGAUCAGGCUACGCUGCUUUCAGCUCACGCGUCGACUUCUCGCACAUCCGCACACGCAUUAGCGAGCACGCCGGCCACCGCACCAGUAGUUGCCCCCCUGGCGGCAAAUUUGGACGAUGACGAAGAUGAAGACAUCUUUGCUGGUGUAGGCAGCUGGCAAGGCAUACAAGACUCGGACAGCGAUGCAGAAAAUUCAUUGUCCAAAGGAGACAAGAGCAAAGAAGCCGAGGCGAGCCAGAGCGAUCUCACCAAGGCAAACUUGCCUCGCGACUCGUCCAACAAACGCGCUGGAAUGGACUGGUUCAGAAAUGACAAGGCUGUUGACAAAGGCGAAGCACAAGGAUUUAGGCGCUCGACUUCGGCACACGGAGAGCAAGAAGAGGAGGAGGAGGAUGAGGCUACAAGGCUCAUACGAGCAUCGGAACGAGCGGUAGCUGCGCCUGCUCGCAAGGUCUCGGCCAGUGCAGUCGACGCUUCUCCACCUCCUCCGUCAAGUAUGAGACUGCAGGGAUUCAGCGACUCGGUCAUGUCUUCAGAGAUGAGCAGGGCAGUCUUGGAGAGGGAGAGACUUGCAGAGGCGAAACGGGAGCAGCGCAAAAAGGAGAGGAUGCAAGGCGAAGGGGGAGGUACGGAGCAGAAGAAGAGAAAGAAGAACAAAUUUGGCGGGGCAAACGAUGAUGAUUGA